AAUGGCUCAGAACUAUCUCCAGAUUGUCCCCCUCCUCGCCCAGGGCUACCGACUAACAACUACCCCACCUCGCUCUUCCCUGCCCGCUGCCGUAUUCCGUAUCUCGUAUGGACAUACAUACAAUCCGACGUAGGGAAUAGUCACCGUAACAUGUGUUUCUCCACCUGCGUCCAUCCGGGUGCGCCAGUCAACUUCUGACAAACGUAGUUUGCAAUUAUUCGGACUCCUCCAUUUCACAUAUGCAAUUCAAUUCAUCGAGUCAACCGCUUUCCUCCCUCUGUCGCAACGGAUCGACUUGUAUAGUAAAAAGAGUUGAGCUUGGACAUCGAGGAAGAGUCCAGACUCAAGAAACUCUAUCGAGAGAUAUCUUGCCUGUGUUUUUUGCUUUUUGAUUGGUGAUUCCAGUCGCGUGGAAUUUGAGUAUAUAAAUCUUCAGUUCCUCCUCCUCUUCCUCAAGAACAACGGCGAAUAGCUAGUUAGAUUCUGUGUGCAAAAAAUCCUCCUGAACCCCAUCCAGAAACGCCUUCUCGUUGUGUCCCCCAAAACCCAAUAUAAGAGCAAAGAGCCAUAUACAUAUCACCAAGGCGAAAACCAAACCGCAAAAUCCAAAAAGAGUUAUCUACAAUCUCUACCACGAAGACCACAUAAUCGAAUCCCCCUUGUCCUACUCCAAGAGAAAAGCCUGAGGGAAAAAAAGAACCAUGGACUCUUUCACCUCCAAAGUCUACGCCAUAACCGGGGUAUCAGGCAUCGGCCUCGCCGUCGCCAAACAACUCCGCAAAAACGGCGCCCUCCUUUCCCUCGCCGACAUCUCCCAGCCUGCCCUUGACGAAGCCUUCGCAGCCCUCGGCUCCUCGCCCGACCACAUCCUCAUUACAAAAGUGGACGUCUCCUCCUCCACGCAAGUCAACGCCUGGAUCGCGGCGACGGUGGACAAGUUCGGCCGCCUAGAUGGAGCGGCAAAUAUGGCGGCCGUCAUUGGGAAGAAUCAUGGGGUCCGUAAGUUGGUGGAUCAGGAUGAUGAGGAGUGGGAUUUGCUUUUGCGGGUGAAUUUGACGGGGAUGAUGUAUUGUGUUCGAGCUCAAUUGAGGGCCAUGAUGGCGAACAAGGGGAGGGGUGCUGAUGCUGAUUCUGGUGCUGGUGGGGAGGGGAUUGGGAGCAUUGUUAAUGCCGCGAGUAUCCAGGGUGUGAUGGGGUUUGGAAAAUCGGCGACGUAUGCGGCCACCAAGCAUGGUAUUGUGGGACUGACGAAAUCGGUGGCUAAGGAGGCUGCGCCGGGUAUUAGAGUCAAUUGCAUUGCGCCGGGCUCGAUUCAAACACCCUUGCUUGACGAAGGCAGUGCUAUACAAGGAGGUCUUAAUCAUAUACCCGGUGCGAUAUCCCGCGUUGGGACGGCAGAUGAAGUCGCGAACGUGGUAUUAUUCCUGCUCAGUGAUGCAGCCUCAUUUGUAACAGGAGCCGUGUAUAAUGUAGACGGUGGUUGGGACUUGCAAGGCGAAAGUUAAGCCAAUGUGUUGGGGAGCAUCCUGGCGAUCAUGUCUCAAUAUUUCAAGAAAGGAAAUAUAUCUUCGGGCGAGAGGAUUUCAGUUGUGUGCCUUUCUUCUCUCUUUUUGCUUCUCUUUUCCUUUCCCUCUUUGGUGACGUUCUAAGAAGAUAGCGUAAUUGAUAUCCAUAUGCAGCCAAAGAAGUCUAUAUCCCAUCACAAAACACUAAAUUGUACGCUAUGUUGAUAGAAGAGGAAUCUCAAUAUGGUGGCCACCUCCGAGUAGACGAAUUAUCACGCUCGCGGCUCGGUAAAGGAUGUCCACCUCAGGAUCACUAUCAUCAGUGUAUUAGGGCUUUCAUCACAUCAUCCCGGAGUUCGAAAAUGAGCCUCCGAAAUAAUUAAAGCAAUCCCAAUCUUCGAAUCCCUGUUGUAAAAAUCAAAAGAAUAAUAAAAAG